AUGAAUAAAUUAAUAUUUUUAGAUGUGACUAGUUUAAAAACAAACAUCAUCGCUCAAUUCAGAGAACCAACGUACGAGGUUUGCGGCCUUAAUUGCGCAGAUUACCGUUUCUGUGUUGCAUUCAACUACAAGGAGAAGUCUGAGGGACACGAAUGGAACUGUCAGUUGACAAAUACGACUCAACAUAAUUUUGACAAUAAUGCCAGCAGAAAAAAGCGAGUUUGGACGUUCAUCAAAGAUAAUGUUGACCGAAGUCAGGUGGUAAGCAAUGAUGUAUAUACGUUUUAGAUUAUUUGGAAACUAAGGGUAUAGCCACCAUUAAUACCAGAAUCGCUCUAAAUUAUUUUACAUAGGUAGCGGAACAGGCGGAGGGCUAGAGGGAAAAUUAUGAAAAAGAGGGCUAAGCUCCCCUCCUGCUUAAAAUAUCCGAUCAGAGUAAAAAUUUCACACGAAAAGGGAAAUUUUACACGAAUGUAUUAAAAAUAUAAAAAAGAUUCCCCCUCCUAGACGCCAAUAUAUGCGGGAGAAUAUAAUAGUAAUAAAAACAAUAAUAUCAUUGUGAUAUUUAUACAGGUUAAAAACUUAUUUCAGCAACAUAGAUUGAUGGUAUCAACCAAGGACCUGUCGAUGUUACUGUCCACUAAAACUAAAACUAUAUUACCAAUAUUACAUUAAGCUAUGAUAGUUGCCUAAAAUUGUAUAAAAUAUAUAAAAUGUAUGUAUGUACAGAUUAAGAGUCAAAGUUAAAAUCUUUGCAGCUAGACUUUCAUCUUAAAGUGAUGAUUCUGUCUUCAAAUCACUGGAGUUAGUUUGUUAAAAAUAAUUUCCGGCCCUUGGUAAGCAAAGGUAUUCUUUCCAGUUCCAGUUCACGGAACGGGUGGUCAAAACUGGGUUAGCUGGCUUAACCCUAGAUUAACCUAAAAUUCAAAGCAAACUUCCUGACAGCUUGUCUAUAAAUUUUGAAAUAUUUUUUUAGAGAUCCGGAAAUCGAUAGGAGUUUAUUUCUCUGAAGUUUUGAAAUAAACAGACGUACAGAAAUACACAAACUAGAACAGCGGGUUAUAUUUUAAAACAGGUUAGCGCUAACCGAACUUUCAACAACCGCCCCCCCCCCCUGAUCUUCGGAAGGACAAUAUUCGUGUUAUUCGCACGUGUACAUUAAGCAUGUGCAACAUUUUAAAAAUAAUCUUGAAAGGCUUUUGGCGUUAUUCCAUUUAAACAUUUAAAAACCUGAAGUGCACAGGAUCUAUUUCUUAUUGGCAGCCUUACGGAAUUUCGUUGACCAUAUAUAACUCUCCAUGCUCGAUUCUUUCAAACUUUUCCUAGAGUCUUUCAAACUUUGCGUUUAAUAAUUUUAUGAACGUCCAUGAAAUUUAUGGAAAUUAGCCUCCACUCUCCCAGAUAAAAACUGUUCCAUUUUAAAAAUUUUAAUUCCUGGAACUGUUGAAAAAUAUUGUAUAUCGGAAAACGUUCCCAAGUAUAGGAAUUCGAGUCAAGUAUAUACCCCAACCCUUAAUUUGAUCUAGAUAUUUUUUCUAAUAAGAUUUUUUUGCAAAAGGUCUGUAAAUUAUUUGAUAACAAUUUCUUAGCAGGUCUGUAUAGCUCUUGUUCAAAAAUGGGCAUGUUUUGAACAUGGGAUAUUAUUUUUUCACACGUUUACAUAAAACUGUAUUGUUUUAACUAUAUUUAAGCUUUGAAUUUUAUAUAUGAGCGUUGACGAAAAUGCCGAGCAGAAAAUAACAAUUGGGACAUUUUGGCGUUCGACAUGCAACUAAAAGGGAAUUGGUAUACUCAAAUAUUGGUUCAAUGAAUCGACUAGCUUUUAAAACAAAAUAUAACUUGUCUGGUAUUUAAACAUUUCGAGUCUUUAAAAUAGAUACCAGUAUGUUUGCAUGUGAUCAUGUAUAAUCAACUAUUUUGAAGGCAUUGUGCAGAGGGGAAGUGAAUGAAUGUCAUAAUGGUGGAACAAUGAUCUGGGAUCCAGAGAAACCUUUCAAAUGUCUAUGUAAGAAGGGAUACGAAGGAGAGAUCUGUGAAAAAGGUGAUAAUAAUAUUAAUGAAUACGAAGGCGUACAUAGUACGCGCGAUCUGAAGGCAUACAUUUACUCACAUGCACAUUAG